AUGGACCAAAUAGAGCACAAAUACGUCGAAGUGAACGGGCUAAAACUUCACGUGGCUGAAAUCGGAAGUGGGCAAUCGCCGGCUGUGGUUUUCUUACAUGGAUUUCCAGAAAUAUGGUACUCGUGGCGCCACCAGAUGAUUGCAGUGGCAAAUGCUGGUUUCAGAGCCAUUGCACUGGACUACAGAGGAUAUGGGCUUUCUGAUCCGCCACCUGAACCCGAGAAAACCACAUAUUUAGACCUCAUUUCUGACCUUCUUGCGCUUUUUGAUGCUCUUAGCAUCUCUAAGGCUUUUCUGAUUUCUAAAGAUUUUGGAGCUAUGGUAGCUUCUAUUUUUGUCGUUCUCUACCAGGAAAGGGUGUCAGGGUUCGUGACGUUAGGUUUGCCAUUCUAUCUUCCUCAUUUUCUCACUUCGCACCUCCCUGAAGGCUUCUAUGUGUCAAGAUGGAAGGAGCCUGGGCGUGCUGAAUCUGAUUUUGGUCGUUUUGAUGCCAAAACUGUAGUGAGGAAUGUUUAUAUCCUGUUCUCCAGAAGUGAAAUACCAAUCGCUCUUGAAGACCAGGAGAUCAUGGAUCUUGUGGACUCAUCCACUCCUUUACCCUCUUGGUUCACUGAGGAAGAUCUUGCAACCUAUGGAAUGUUAUAUGAGAAAUCGGGAUUCCAAACUGCGUUGAAGGUUCCUUAUAGGUCAUUUCAUGAAGAUAUUAAUAAACCAGAUCCAAAGGUUGAAGUUCCGGCUCUGCUGAUCAUGGGCGAGAAAGAUUAUGCCUUGAAUUUUACAGAAAUGGCGGAUUACGUAAGGAGUGGAAAAGUGAAAACAUUUGUGCCAAACUUGGAGAUAAAUUUCAUUCCGGAAGGAACUCAUUUCAUUCAAGAGCAACUGCCUGCCCAGGUGAAUGAUCUUAUUCUCAACUUCCUCAGAAGCCACAGGGACCCUGAUUUAAGAUCUGGCUCCUGUAAAGGUUUAGGCGUCGGGUCUGAUACAGGUUUCAUCCAAGGCCUGGUAAAGGCAUCACCAAUACUUGCCGAGUCUGUGAGCAUAGCCUCCUCGAUUCCUUCAAUAUCUGCUCCCUUGGCUGCAAGGACAUCGAAUAAGUUUGAAAAGAGGAAGCAAAUGUGGGAGUGGGAUGAAUCUAUAGUCGACGACGCUACAAAAAGGCAUAAUAAACUGAUGAAGAAUAGAAUCCAACAGGAGGAAUUAUUAUAG